AUGAUGAUGAUGAUGAUGAUGAAGACCCCGCCCCCUCCUCCUCUCGCCCCGCCCCCGCCGCGCAGGUCCGGGUUUCGCGUGGAGGAGCUGCUGCUGCCGCGAGCCCCGCCCACCCCGCCCGUGCUCACCAAAACGCACCAACCAGGAGCCCCCGAGGAGCUGAAGUUCGGAGUUAGAACCAUCCUCGCGCACACGCCCAGGACAGCUCCUUGCCCUCCGGCCGUCUGCUCGUUCCACCCCAAAGCUUUUCCUGCUCCGUAUUUUGAUGGAUCUUUCUACCCUUUCAUCCGCUCCGCUUACUUCCCUGCCUCUUCGUCUGUCGUGCCCAUUCCCGGGACGUUCUCAUGGCCCCUGGCCUCCAGAGGGAAGCCCAGAAGAGGGAUGCUCCGGAGGGCCGUGUUUUCCGAUGUCCAGCGGAAAGCUCUGGAAAAAAUGUUCCAGAAACAGAAAUACAUCAGCAAACCGGACAGGAAGAAGCUCGCCACCAAACUGGGCCUUAAAGACUCACAGGUCAAAAUCUGGUUCCAGAACAGGAGAAUGAAGUGGAGGAACUCAAAGGAGAGAGAGCUGCUGUCUGCUGGAGGCUGCAGAGAGCAAACCCUGCCCACGAAGACUAACCCGCACCCGGACCUGAGCGACGUGGGGAAGAAGUCUUCGGAGGAGGAGGAGGAGGAUGAAGAGGAGCCCAACGUCGCGUCUCCGCCUCAUUUCGGCAAACACUCAGACUUUUCAGCGUCAGAUGAUGAAAUAAUGGUCUCAUAGAAGCUCCCACCGUGUUCAUGAGGCUGAAAGUGACUGUAAACGCAAAGCACAAACGCAGCUAAAGCAGCCAACAAAGGAAGCCGAGGCUGAGGUUGGCUUGGCUUGUUGCUCGAACUUUCCGUUCCACCUUAAAUGGUGCGGCGGUUACUUAUAUUGGUAUACAUAACAUAUAGCAGCUACAGGUAACCGGGGCACCAUUUAAGGCGGAACGGAGAGGUCGGAAAAGAAGCCGACGUCCUGCAUUUGAUCUUGUUCUAGUAUCGAGUUUUAGCCGUAGCUUCCGAACCACUGAAGGUGAAACAGAAAACGAGGCCGAAUAUGAGAACAACUUUAGCUUUAUCAACACAAAGCCUUGCAUGUAAGGCCAGCGUACGCCCUGUUCAAGAAAAUAUAAUCAUGUAUCUAUUGAAUUAAAGGUGGUUGGUUAGUGUAGUGGGUAACACCUCUGCCUUGUAGACUGGGGUUCAAUCCCCCACCUGGGUAAACACCCUACACUAUACCAAUAAGAGUCCUUGGGCAAGACACCUAACACUGCCUUGGCCUCCCUGUGUAAAACGAUCAAAUUGUAAGUCGCUCUGGAUUAGAGCGUCAGCCAAAUGCUGUAAAUGUAAAAAGUGAUUCUAACUCAGUUUUCUCAUCCAUUUCUCUCCGACUUGAGUCUCCAUCCUGUGUAACUCAAGUCAGCGAGCCGUGUUAGCACGCUUUUAGUGCCAAGCCAGCAGUAGCACUACUCUAGUCAUAUCCUAGCUCGCACUGUUUAGCAGAUAUCUUCAUAUUUAUCUUGUACAUAAUCCGAAAACGUCGCUUGUUGUGUUCUAGAUAAUGACACUACAGUGGUAGCUAACGUUUUCAUUUUGGUCCUAGCUUCAAAACUCCACCAGCUGUCCAGCUGGUUAGGCUUCCAAGGAGGCCUUGCCCAUCUCUGAGGGCGUGAGGGAUGUUUUAGUCAAAAAGCACCCAAAUUGAGGAAACCAAGGCUAUUAAUGUAGAAAUCUGAGUUAAAAUGGCUUAAACCAUCUACAAAUGAUCAUACCUCUGUAAUUAGACCACGAUAAACAUUCACAUGAAUGUAUUUUCCAGCGGUUGUUUGUACUUAGGCUUUAGGAUCUUAUGAUUUUUGCUGUGUUGCACAGCGAUUUCCGGAACUGUACAGUAUUUUGUACAAAUAUUUUUGUAUGGAUAUUUUAUACCAAGAAUAUUGAGUUACAUACGGUUAUAUUUCACAUAGAUAUUUUUAUUAA